CCGACCUUUCCUUCUUCUCGAAACCAACGAACGAGCAGAUAGAUACUUCCCCCCUGGAAUUCCCCCCUCCUUCGUUCAAAGUCGGCCAACUUUUCGUUCAGCUCAAGAACACCAGCCAAGGCCAAGGCCAAGACCAAAACACACGAUCUCCUCUCCGCUGCUUUCAGCUCUUGGGUCGGGGGGGAAGGAGGAAAUGGCGUACGUGGACCAUGCCUUCUCGAUCUCGGACGAGGACAUGAUGAUGGACUCUUCCUUCGCUCUCACCAGCGGCCGGCCCCCCGUCAAGGAGAUCGCCCUCGCCGUCUCCCUCCUACUCGUCGGCACCCUCGGCAUCGUCCUCGGCGUCCUCAUGGCCUCCUACCGCGUCGGCGGCGACCGCACCCACGGGGUGUUCUUCGCGAUUCUCGGCUCGAUCUUGUUCAUUCCCGGGUUCUACUACACGCGCAUUGCUUACUACGCGUACAAGGGGUAUAAAGGUUUCUCCUUCGCCAACAUACCUGCUGUUUGAGGAGGGGGGUAGCUCUCGGUUUUCGCCUUCUCUUCCCCUGUACACAUCUUUCUUUCUCCUCUUUUGUUUUCCUCGUCCCUUGUUUAAGUUUCUUCGGGGAUUCGUUAGCUGUGCUACCUUCGGUGAUUUCUCGGGAGUAUGUUGUAGUGGAAUUGUCCAUGUAUAUAGAAGAAACGGACGAUGACACCUUGGUCUAUGAAUAAAUGCAUUCGGGUGUAUGCUUUUCUGAGUUAUCAUAAGGACUCCCACCACUUUCA